AUGAUUUGUUUAAUUAAUUCAAAAAAAUUGACAAAUGAAAAGCCAAAUGGUGAUUUAAAUUAUGUGAAAGAAAAUGGUGUUCAUUUUAAAAGGUAUCAAUCAAAAGAUGAAAAUUUACAAUUUAAUAGAAUUAGUGAGAAUAUUAAUAUUCUUGAUAAAAUACUUUCACAAAAAGAAUUAAUUAAGAAACUUGAUGAAAAAAAUGUACAAAAAAACAAUAUAAAUAAUGAGAAAGACAUUUACAUAAAUAAACCAAAUAUUAUUGAGGAUGAUCUAGAGCCUAAUAAGAAUGAAAUUGACUAUAAAGAGAUGGGAGACCAUUAA